GGUCAGCUCACAAACCAGGGGAAGAUCUCAAAAGAGAGCUGACCAGAGCAAGCCGAAGAUCCACAGCUGUCCAUUUGUGAAGACGCUGGUUGAAGAUACUGCAGUGCUCUUCGGUGGCACCAAGCCCAUGAGAGAGAAGCUUUUUCAACCCUGAUCUCAGAAGGAUUUAACUAAAAAAAGAAGAAAGAAAGAAAGAAAGAUGAAGGCAUUCAGCAUUGCAGUUGCAGUGACACUCGUGCUCGCCUUUAUUUGCAUUCUGGAGAUCUCCGCCGGCCCAUCCACUGGGGUGCGCGAGCCAGAGGAGGCAGAGAGCAAUGACACUCCAGCAGCAGAACAUCACCAGAUGUCAGCGGGGUCGUGGAUGAUUCCAGCUCGUUCCAGACAGAAGAGGAUGAGCCAUCUGUCUCUUUGCCAGGUGUGCUGCAACUGCUGUCCCGGCCAAAGCGGCUGUGGUUUCUGCUGCAAAUUUUGAGGAUUCAAACAGCAUCCGCCUAACUUUAAUUUAUUAUUCUGCUUUUCGAACCUGAGGACCAGCCUAUUCGACCUCUCUCUCUAAUGUCCAGCCUGUUAUCUACUUUUGCAUUGUGUUAAUAUGAUUUUGUGGAGAUGCGAUUAAAAAAUAAAUAAAA